AUGGAAGGCCGGGGUCUACUGCCAGUUGGUGCCGUUGGCAAGGUGCCACAGCUUACGAUUCCUUGUUUGGGCCGCCGCCCUACGCCGCCUCACCAUCGAAGACGGGUCGGCCCUGCCUCUGCGGCUUGGGCCAUUGGGACGCUGGUCGCUUGCAGGCAUCGGGGAAGGCGCUCCGCUCGCUGCGCGGAAGGCGACACUGGCGAUGAAGUCCAGGUAAGCACACCGAGUUCCACAUGCAUUACGCCCAUUGGCCCCUUCUGCCCGUACAGGUCCUCUGCGUGUGCGUGGGACAGCGAGCUCAGCAAAGGUAUGAGCGACCUGACCAACGAGUCUCCAGAAUUUGCAGUGGAGAUGAGCCGAAUGCAGCUCGAUAUGCAGAUGGGCCGGGAGCCGGACUCUCGGCGCAUGGGGCAACUGGCCGACAAGCUGGAGCAGUCCUACCAGAAGUGGAAUGGGUUAAUGACCAGGCUUCGGCUGAGCAGCGACUUCCAAAGCCGCGAGUAUUUCAAGCUCACCUUGAGCCACCUCGAUGGUCGCAGCAUCGAAGACCUCGGUAAGAUGGUCCAGUACCAAGUCGACUGUAUGAGGGCAGUUGCUACUGGCGGCAUGAUUCCACCUGUGCCGGUGGGCGUGGAUAUGACGCCUCCGAAGGAAGGCUUGCCCUCGGCCGCCGCCGCCCCCAACAUGAUUACAGCAGAGCCCUUCGACAGCUCGGCCUUUACCAACGAAGUUGUCAAGGACCCUUUGCGUCAUCCGGAUUCCUCGCCUCGGGCUUUCAUUUCCGCCUUGAUCCGUGUGGAAUAUGCAGCGCUGUGCCGGGACCACCAGCAGGCCACGGCUCCUGUUGAGAUCGGAAGCAUCGGAGAUGUUGGACUACAGACGUUUCAGGGACCAGUGACCCAUGGGCAGCUUCGGUUCAAGAUUUUGGAUGUGUCUUUUGGCAACUUUGACCCACUGGGGAAGAUCGCCUUCCUCGACCAGCUCGAGAAGAUCGAGGAGCGAUGGGACAUCUUCUUUGGGUGCUUGGGCCUGCUUGGAGCUCUCAGCCCGGACUACAAGGACUACUUGAUUUGGGAGCUUCUCAAAUGUAAGGGUCUCCUAGUGACGAUCCUGCCGCAGGGGGACGGCGAGACACAGGAUCGAUGCUCUGCUGCUCUGCUAGUGCUGCGCCGAUUGUAG